UUCACCCUGGCCAACGAGGUUAUAUACAAUAUGAGCAUCACUUUGUCUAAAGUCUCAAUUCUACUCUUUUACCGCCGCAUCUUUAACCUUGGAAUGUUUACGACACAUCCCGAAUUCUAUCCUGGCCCAGUUGAAGCACAAUGGAAAACAUGGCUACCCCACACAACCAUCCAUGCUAAGGACCUAUGGGUUGCUGCUGGAGUUAUCAACGCCAUCUUGGAUUUAGUCAUUCUUUGCCUUCCAUAG